GUCGAGACGGCAGCACCAUGGAGAGCUGCCGGGCGCUAGCGCUCUGCGCCGUGGCGGCCGCGCUGCUGCUGAGUGCCCGCGGGCAGGGGCCGACCCCACCGCGCCGAGCCCGCGACCUGGGGUCCCCCGGCGGCGGCGGCGGCUCUUCCCGGGAGAAGGAGCUGAUCGAGGCGCUGCAGGAGGUGCUGGAGAAGCUGAAGAGCAAGCGGGUCCCGCACUACGAGAAGAAGUUCGGGCAGGUGCCCAUGUGUGACGCCGGGGAGCAGUGCGCCGUGAGGAAGGGGGCCCGCAUCGGGAAGCUGUGCGACUGCCCCCGGGGGACGUCGUGCAAUUCCUUUCUCCUCAAGUGCCUGUGAGCGGGGCCCCCCGGAACGAGCCGCCGGGAGCGCAGGCACCGAAGUCUCCUCGCCCCAAUGUGCCGACCCGGGCCGGCUUGUCCGCCCUCGAAACGCAGCGAGAAGCCCCCGCGUCGCCUGUGUAACGCCGCCCGUGACAUCCGAAAUCCAUGGAGCUGUUUUCUUUCUCUCCUUCUCUCUCCCUUCCCCUCCUUCCCCUCCUUCAUCGUCUGACUUUGUCCGUCCAGGAAACACCCAGCCCGUGCCUUGCCGAGUAGAGGUGCCGGUACCGGGAGCUGCAGGGUCGUACCGGUGCGGUGCAGAGCCGAGCCGUGCCCGGGAGCGGGGCUGGCGCCAUGCCGUGGCCCGGGGCGCCCGGAUCCUUCCCGUGGGGCCGGCGGAGGGGCCGGGGCCUGGGGAUCCCCCGGGUGGUGGCGGGGGGAGGGUGUGUGCGGAGAGCCCUGACCCGGCCGAAAGGUCCCAGCUCGGCACACCCCUGGGGGAGCGGCGUUUGGGGACCGGCGGGAGCCUGGCUGCGGGGUGCCGGCGGGAAUCGGUUGCUUUACCGGAGCUACCACGGAGAGAAAGCUGUCUGGAUCCGUUGCAAACUACUAGGGGAUAUCCUAAUCAUCUAGACCAAAUUGCUCACGUUUCUACAAUGAACUGACAUGCAGAACGAUGUCUGUCCUCCAUAAAUACACUGUGUUUUAGCAAACUCAUAAUGUGUUUUAAGCCUUUGUCUCCGUUAAUAAAGCCACUGUUCUGAU